AUGACACAGACUGAGGACGUGGCAGGGCAGGAUGAGUACGAGGACAUGGCUGGUGGACCCGGCGCUCCAACGCCUGUCUCUGCUCUCGUGGGUGUUGCCGGUUUGACGGAUCGUGACAUCAAACUUGUAGCCGAUGGAGGAUACCAUACUGUUGAGUCGGUCGCCUAUACACCUCGCCGCAUGUUGGAGCAGGUCAAGGGUAUCUCUGAAGCAAAGGCUACAAAGCUGCUCAAUGAAGCCAUGCGCCUGGUUCCAAUGGGCUUCACGACCGCUACCGAGAUGCAUCAACGCCGCAGCGAACUGAUAUCCAUCACUACCGGCUCGAAGCAACUCGACCGUCUCCUGGGUGGCGGUGUGGAGACCGGUUCAAUCACCGAGGUCUUUGGCGAGUUCAGGACGGGGAAAAGUCAGAUCUGCCACACCUUAGCAGUAACCUGUCAACUGCCCUUCGACAUGGGUGGCGGUGAAGGAAAGUGCUUGUACAUCGACACCGAAGGCACUUUCAGACCCGUGCGGCUGUUGUCCGUUGCACAACGAUUUGGUCUAGAGGGUGAGGAGGUGCUCGACAAUGUUGCAUACGCCCGCGCCUACAAUUCGGAGCACCAACUUCAACUACUCCAGCAAGCGGCUCAGAUGAUGUGCGAGACACGGUUUUCCCUCCUCAUCGUCGACUCGGCCACCUCAUUGUACCGAACAGACUACAAUGGUCGAGGGGAGCUCUCAUCCCGACAGUCACAUAUGGCAAAGUUUAUGCGCACGUUGCAGCGGCUAGCCGACGAAUUUGGCGUCGCGGUCAUCAUCACCAACCAGGUGGUCGCACAAGUCGAUGGAGGCCCCAGCGCAAUGUUCAACCCUGACCCCAAGAAACCCAUUGGUGGCAACAUUAUUGCACAUGCCAGUACCACCCGACUUAGCUUGAAGAAGGGUCGUGGCGAGACGAGAAUCUGCAAGAUCUAUGACAGUCCUUGUCUGCCAGAAGGUGACACAUUGUUUGCAAUUUACGAGCAUGGCAUCGACGACCCUCAACAGAAGGAAGGCGAGAAGGAAUAG